CUUUCUCUCUCUCUUUCUCUCUCCUCUAUGCACCGGAUUUUUUGGAAGCUAUUAUUCUUCAAAGUCUCAAUUUGCUAACCAAACCAUUGACACGCAUUCUUCUCUGUCCUCUUUCUCUUUCUCUUUCUCUCUCCUCUAUGCACCUGAUUUUUUGGAAGCUAUUAUUCUUCAGAGUCUCGAUUUGCUAACCUAACCAGAAAGCAAAGCAAAGUCAUAAGUAAAAGCAAAAGCAAAAGCAAAAUCAAAGGCCAAAGAAGAGUGAACUUGCAUACUUCUCUCUCUAAUCACUUGGUCUUAGUAAUAAUAAUAUAUAUAUUACAAUACAAUAUUUGGGUGGCCUUGAGAGUACUUGGAAGCUAUACACAGUCUCUCUCUCCAUAUCAUCUCUUAAAGAAUGGGUACUUUGACAACUUGUCUUCUGCUCCCAUCAGAGCUAAAGCCUUCUUCACUCCCUCAGCAACAAAGAUCUCUUUUUUUCUACAGUAGAAGACCACCCAAGAAGAGUCUAUCCAUUUUCCCUGUUGCAAGGUUGUUUGGGCCAGCUAUUUUUGAGGCUUCAAAGCUGAAGGUUCUCUUCUUAGGAGUUGAUGAGAAAAGGCAUCCAGGAAAGCUUCCAAGAACUUACACACUUACACAUAGUGACGUCACUUCCAAACUCACUCUGGCUAUCUCUCAGACCAUAAACAAUUCCCAGUUACAGGGGUGGUACAAUAGGUUACAGAGAGAUGAAGUGGUUGCAGAGUGGAAGAAAGUAAAAGGGUUGAUGUCACUCCAUGUUCACUGUCACAUAAGUGGUGGUCACUUCCUAUUAGAUUUGUGUGCUAGACUCAGAUACUUCAUCUUCUACAAAGAACUUCCUGUGGUCAUAAAGGCUUUUGUCCAUGGAGAUGGGAAUUUGUUCAAUCACCACCCAGAAUUAGAGGCGGCUUUUGUUUGGGUUUACUUUCACUCAAACAUUCCAGAAUUCAACAAGGUGGAGUGCUGGGGCCCACUCAUGGAUGCUGCAGCACCUUCUGGUGGGACCCAAAAGGAGAAGGGUGAAGCAAGCCCAUCAAGCAACUGGGACAUCCCCAAAGCAUGCCAAGAAGAUUGUACUUGUUGCUUUCCACCAAUGAGCUCAAUUCCAUGGUCUCAUGAUCUUCCUGGUCAGGAUCAAAAGCCCCACCAAAGCUUACAGCAACAAACUUGAGAGUAUUUGUAUAUUUGAUUGCUUUAUUCCUCUCAUAUAGUGUUGUUAAGGCAGGUCUUAGUCCAUCAAAAAAGUGAUUUAUUGUGAUCUGAAGGUCACUGGAACUUCGAAUGUGAAGGUAAUUAGUCUUUGUUUGACCCUCACAAGACACAGGACUCCAGAUUAGCCCUAGGUGUGUUAAAGAAAAUGUAUAUACAUAUCUUCUAUUCUUGUUUCCUCUCUCUUUUCUGGGAAGUGACUGGGACAUGACUGCUAUAGUAGCAUCCGUGUAAUCUAGGGCCAAUAGAAACAACUUAUGGCGUGUUUUUUGAAAGUUA